AUGUCGAAUAUUACUUCUCCGACGACAGAGAAAACGCUCCAUACUACGCUGAAGAGCCCGCCAUUUAUGGAAUCCGUGCGAUUCCAUGGACCGAGUGACAUUCGCGUGGAUCAGGUUGAAGAGCCGACAUGCGGAAGAGGCCAAGUGAAGAUGAAACCCGCAUACGUUGGGAUUUGUGGCAGUGACCUACAUGAAUACACCAGCGGUCCUGUCCUAAUCCCACAGGAGCCGCACCAUAUCACGGGCUCAACCUAUCCAGCUCCAAUGGGCCAUGAGUUCGGCGGCAUCAUUGAAGAAGUAGGAGAGGGCGUUACCAAUGUCCUUCCUGGCCAGCGGGCGGUGGUACGGCCAACGAUUUACGACGAUACCUGCAUUGCGUGCAAGCAAGGCUUGCGGCAUUGCUGUGAGAACAUCGGGUUCAUUGGACUCAGCGGAUACGGGGGCGGUAUGUCGAGGAAGAUCGUGGCACCAGCAAGCCACUUCUACCCAAUUCCAGACAACGUCUCCCUUGAGACCGCCGCCCUGAUCGAGCCCCUCGCAGUAGCCUGGCACGCGGUGGAUGCCUCCCCCUUUAAAGCAGGCGACUCGGUGCUUGUAGUCGGGGGCGGGCCUAUCGGGAUCGGCGUGGUGCAGGUGCUGAAGCUGCAAGGCGCAAAGAAUAUUUUUGUGGCCGAGCUCAUGGAGAGCCGGAAGAAGCUCUGCCUGGAAUUCGUGGAUGUCGGACAGCAUGUGCGCGGCAUGACGGGUGGCGCAGGCGCGGACGUGAUCUUCGAUGCGGCGGGCGUGGAGAGGGCCCUUCUAGGUGCUAUUCAUGCUUGUCGGGCGCAGGGAACUAUUGUGAACAUCGCAGUAUGGGAGAAGAAGCCUUCGCUCCCAGUGAACCAGCUGAUGUAUAAUGAGCUACGGUAUAUGGGGGCAGCGUUGUACGAUGAAACAUCCUUUUUGAACGUCAUUGAAGCCAUAAGCUCUGGUGAACUCACACCCGAGAAGAUGAUCACUGCAGUCAUCAGUCUGGACCAAGUUGUGGACGGAGGCUUCAAGGCGCUGUUGGAGCAUCGGGAUAAACAUUGCAAAAUCUUGGUGGAUGUACAGGCAUAG